CAUCCUCUUAGGGUUCUCUUACUGCCAUUAACUUCUCAAUAAAAUUCAAGAACAUUUUAGAUUUCCUUACCAAGAAAGGAUGGCCGAACCUCUUGCAUCCAAAAUCUUACUGGGUUUAGGCUCUCUCCUCAUCCAAGAAAUUGGACCUGCAUCUGAAGUAAAAAAGGAACUGAGGAAGAUUGAGGAGUCUUUAUCCACAGUCAAUGCCGUAUUAUUAGAUGCAGAAAUGAAGGGUUCAAUGAACCAUGAGGUGAAAGAUUGGUUGAGGAAGCUCAAGGAUGUAGCUUACGAUGCUGAAGAUGUGUUGGAUGAAUUCGCAACGGAAGCCUUGCGACAGAAAGUGGAGCUUCCAAACAACAUGGUAUCAAAACAGGUACUCAAAAUAUUUUUCAGGUUCAAAUCCACUUGUAUUUCAUUCCAAAAUGGCUCAUAAAAUAAAGGAUAUCAUGGAGAGGUUAGAUCGUAUUCAAAAGGAUGAUGUUCGAGCUAAAUCUCAAUUUACAACUCAAAGUAUAGAUAUGGACAUCAAUGAUAACCAUAGGAGACAUACCAACUCUUUUGUAAUUGGAUCUGAGGUCUUGGGAAGAGAUAAGGAUAAAGAAAAUUUAGUAGAAUUGUUAACUUCAGGUGUUAAUCAAGAGAAUGUCAUGGUCAUUGCUAUAAUUGGAAUUGGUGGGUUAGGGAAGACAACACUUGCUCAGUAUGUGUAUAAUGAUGAAAGGGUCAAGACUCAUUUUGACUUGCGAAUAUGGGUCUGUGUCUCGUUUGAUUUUAAUGUUGAGCACCUUGCUAAUAAAAUUCUGGAAAAUCAACCAGAGUCAGAACUUAGGGUAAAACUACUUAGGGUAAAACUAUCCAAAACGAGAUACUUGCUUGUCCUAGAUGAUGUCUGGAAUGAACAUCCUGGCAAAUGGGAGGACUUAAGAAAAUUAUUAAUAGGUGAGGCAAGUGGAAUUAUGAUCUUGGUAACUACACGUAGUCAAGAGGUUGCAUCAAUCAUGCACCCGGUUAAAUCAUUUUACCUUUUGGAAGGGUUAAAUGAAAAUGAUUGUGAAUCAUUAUUCAAUGAACGGGCAUUUGGGAAAGGAAAAGAGGCAAACCAUCCCGAGCUAGUUGAGAUAGGGAAGGCUAUAGUGAAAAAGUGUGGAGGAGUGCCUUUGGCUGCGAAGGUACUUGGAAGUUUGUUGUGCCUUAAAAGAAACAAAAAGGAUUGGUUGGGUGUCCUACAUACUGAAAUUUGGAACUUAGGUGAACAAGAAAGAGAAAUUCUACCUGCUUUAAGGAUAAGCUACAACCACUUGCCAUCCCAUUUGAAGCAAUGCUUUGCCUAUUAUUCUUUAUUCCCACAAGAUCAUGAAAUUGAUGUUAUUGAUUUGAACCAUCAAUGGACAGCACUAGGGUUCAUCCAACCAGCACUUAGAGGAAGUCAUGUAAUGUUAGAAGACAUUGGAAAUAGGUAUUUCAGGGAAUUAUUAUGGAGAUCAUUCUUUCAAGAGGUAAGAGAAGAUAGAUUUGGCAACAUUAAGGAAUGAAAAAUGCAUGACCUUGUGCAUAGUCUUGCAUGAUGCGUUGCAAGGAUCGAAUGGUCGGAUGUAGACUCGGGAAAUGGUCCAAUUUCGAUGCCCGAGGGAGUCAGACACAUGGUGGGUCAUGGAAAAGAGGGAGACAUGUUAAAUCAUCGAACUUCGAUACCCUUUGACAAGCCCGAAAAGUUACGGACACUCUACUCGCAAGGUGAUGAGUUCAUUGAGUUGAGAAUUAGCAAUGGAUUUGUCUCAAGUUUGCGAGGCUUGCGCAUGUUAAAGUUAAGAGAUUUAGGAAUGAGACAUGUGCCAAGUUCCAUAGGUUACUUGGAACAAUUAAGGUACCUUGACCUCUCCAACAAUGAUUUUGAAGCACUCCCUAAUUCUAUUUGCAGGCUAUAUAAUCUGCAAACACUAAGACUUCAAUAUUGUACAGGUUUUAAUGAGUGGCCCAGAGAUAUGACAAAAUUGGUUUGCCUUAGACAUCUUGAAUUGAAAAACAAAUUUUCUCUGAAAUACAUGCCAUGUGGGUUGGGGCAGCUGGCUUCUCUUCAGACUUUGGGAUAUUUCAUUGUGGGUGACUCAAAUGAUAGUAGGAAAAGAUCAUUAAAAAAAGUAAUGGGUGGGCUUGGGGAGUUGCAUGGUCUAAACCAGCUUUAGGGAUUUUUAUGCAUUGAUGGGCUUGGAAAUGUGAGAGAUGCUAGAGAUGCCGAGGAAGCAAUGUUGAAGGAUGGCUGGAUCUUCGAUCUUUGAAAUUGUGUUGGUUGACAGAGUGCAGUAGGCUACCGCUAGAAGACGAACAAGUGUUGGGGAAUCUCCAACCACAUCCAAAUCUCAAGGAGCUGAAAAUUUGCUAUUACGAAGGUGUCAAGAUGCCAUGUUGGGUGACACUCUCUUCUUCCCUUCUCCCAAAUCUAGUGGAACUUCAAAUAUUUGAUUGUUCUAAUCUCAAAUGUUUGCCACUGAUUGGUGAAUUUCCUUGCCUUAGGCAUCUCAGUCUAAUUUCUUUAAUAUUCCUGGAGUUCAUAUGCAAUAAAGUGGUGGUGAGAGGCAAUAAGGGAUGAGGGGAACGAAGAAAACCAUUAAUGGUACUAUUUCCAUUGCUAGAAGAACUUUUUCUCUGGAGUCUCUGUCAAGCCUGGAGAGUUGGACAAUCUCAGUGGAAGGAGGAGGAGAAGAAAUUGGGUCUUUCAAAGGCAUCAAGAUGUCACGUUGGAUGAUACUCUCUUUCUUCCCUGCUCCCAAAUCUAGUGGAACUUCGUAUAGGGAAUUGUUCUAAUCUCAAAUGCUUGCCAUUGAUUGGUGAAUUCCCCUGCCUUAGGCGUCUCCAUCUAGAGUCUUUAUUUGCCCUGGAGUCCAUAUGCAAUAAAGUGGUGGUGAGAGGCAACAAGGGAGGGGAAGGAAGACCAUUAAUGGUACUAUUUCCAUCAGUAGAACAACUUAUUCUUGAGUCUCUCUCAAGUCUGGAGAGUUGGACAAUCUCAGAAGAAGGGGUGUAUGAAGACGUCAAGAUGCCACGUUGGAUGAUACUCUCUUCUUCCCUCCUCCCAAAUCUGGUGGAACUUUGUACAGAGUUUUGUUCUAAUCUCAAAUGUUUGCCACUGAAUGGUGAAUUCCCCUGCCUUAGGCGUCUCCAACUAUUUGAUUUAGUUGCCCUGGAGUCCAUAUGCAAUAAAAUGGUGGUGAGGGGAAAUAAGAGAAGAUGAGAAGGAAAACCAUUAAUGGUACUGUUUCCAUUGCUAGAAGAACUUAGUUUCAAGCGUUUGCGAAAUCUGGACAGAUGGACAAUCUCAGUAGAAGAAGAAGAAUCGGAAGCAGCAGAAGAAGGACAAUAUAAUCAUUUGCAUUUGUUGUCUUCGAUGUUUCCUCAUCUCAUGGACUUGUCCUUACGUUCUUGCCCUAACCUGACAACAGUGUCAAUGCUUUCGGUAGAGGGAAUACGACAUCUCACCACUCUCCGAAAAUUGCGCAUCGAUGGUCUUGAAAGAUUGUUGUCUCUGCCCGAUUUCCCUGCUCCUUCAACACUAGAAGAGCUACACAUCGAUGGCUGUCCAAGUCUAGUGAGAUUGCCAGACUGCUUCUUUGAGAAUCUCAAGUCACUUUCUGAGUUAAAAAUUCGGAAUUGUAGUGAGGAGUUGACAUCUUUACCGGAAGGGAUUCAACUCCUCACUGCACUGAAACAGCUAAGUAUUUUCGGGUGUCCAGGCUUAACAGCAUUACCUAAGGGCCUGGAAAACCUUUCAUCGCUUCAAGUGCUUGAAACUCAGCAUUGCUCUAAUUUAUCAUCUCUACCGGAAGUGAUUCAGCAUCUCACUGCACUGGAAACACUGAGUGUACGGAAAUGCCCUGAUUUGAAAGCAUUACCCAAUGGGCUCGGAAACCUUGCAUUGCGUGUACUUGAAAUUUUAGGUUGUCCUCAUCUGUCUUCCUUGGGAUUCAGCACCUCAUUGCACUUGAAGUAGUGAGAAUUGAUAAUUGUCCAGGUUUGAGAAUAUUACUCAAUGGGCUUGGAAACCUCGCAGCGUGUACUUGAAAAUUAAGGUUGUCCUGAUCUCUCUCUUUCUUGGGAUUUCCUGAGUUCUUGUUGUAAAAGAUUCAGAUUCCUUGGUGGCAGCUCCUACCAUUCAAGUCAACUGAGCUACUACUCCAUUGGGUUCAAUCCUCUUUAUUUGAAGGAAUAAAGAUACCAAAAGACUGUAUGUGGAAAGAAAAUUCCACUUCAUCUUCUUCAGGUUUCACAUAAUAUCUACAUGGAAAUCACAAGGCAAGGUGAAUAAUUAGCUAUUUGAUGACGAAACAAUUUUCUAAACAUGGAGUUACAACACUUCAUAAUACAUUUUAACUGAAGUUGAAGGUGAUACACCAUCCAGCUUUACAAGUGUGAAAUGGAAGUGGAAAAAUAAACUAUCCACCACCCUUCUUGACAGAUGGAUGUGGUGCCUAGGGAAGCGAGGCAAGCUGUGGCAGCAAAUCGUAAUCGCUA